UGGGAGCGGCUUGGUGUUUGAAUGAAAGCACGAGUGGUUUGUUUUCAGUUAUUGCCGACUUCGCAAACUCUCGUCGGCCUGGUGAGUCAACAUUUCGUGUGGGAAUGGAUUUUUUGUGUCUUAUGGGAAUCCGCCGCGAAUACUAAACAGUGCGACUUCUUGCGCGCGAUUUUGACGUCUCUCGUUCGCGAUUAUUGAAUUUUUGGUACCGUUUUUUUUUUGUGGGAGCGACUUACACCAUACUUAAGUGAAUUACCAGAAAAUCAUACCGCUGAACAUCUUAGAUAAUUGAGACGGACCGCUGCAACUCUGAAGCAAAUUGAAAAGUGGUAAUCGAGGCAAGCUCGUUGGCGGUCCCUCUGGUGAAGUUAAUUGCAAUUAUGUGGCUGAGUGAUUCGAGCAAGACCAGAACACAAAGCAACACAGAAUUCGAUAGCAGCAUCAAUGGCGGAGAAGAAAUUCCCAUAUGGGUGAGAGGAGACCAGAGAUGGGUAUCGGGGAUUACUGAGGAAACCACUUGUCACGAUGUCAUCCAGGUGCUGCUAAGAGACGAGGAAAACAGAGGAAAGCACAUGGGAUUACCAGAACAAUACCAAAUAACUGAGAGAUGGAGGGGCGUUGAACAGACGUUGGAGCCGUAUGCUCCAAUUUUAGACAUAUGGAAUACGUGGGGAUCUGCCCAAGCAGAAGUGAAAAUAUCAUUGCGUAGAACCAAAAAUGACCGAUCGGCUUACAGAAGAACAAAAUGUAGGUCUGAUGCCAGCACAUAUUCAGACCGAAGCGCUUGGAAAACGAUCCAUCCCAAACGCCUACACGCACUACAGAAUGAACCGUCCACCACGGAAGAACUGCUUAAACUAGUGUUGGCUCAAGGUGAAGUUAUUAGAAGGCAACUCAAGAAACUACGACAUAGCGAACAUCAAAUUGGCUACUUGGAGGACAAAACACAUAGAGCGAGGGUGCGAAAACACGGAAGCAACUAUCUAUUAGAGACGUACCUGAAGGGAUUGUCUGAAGCAGUUCAUCCGGAUACGCACCACUUAGGACUGGAUAAAAACAGCGAUAGUGGAGUGAUGACUGAAGGAGACAGCGAGCAGUCGAAUAUUGCCAAUAAUAAAGCUUCCAGGUCUGUUGAGAUGCAAAUGGAAAGAUUUUCACCAUCUUCCGAAGAAUUCAUCAAAGACACAAACGAUGACGACAGCAGCUCGACUGUGAGCGAGUCGACGAUUAAAGAGCAAACAGAAUUAUUGGAGAAGAUAAUCAAAUUAAAUAAGAGUCUUAUUAGGGAGGAGGAAAAUCUGAGCAGGCUGGACGGAAAUUUGAAAAAGUAUGAAAGAAAUAAAUGUAGGGAUACUGGACAUGACGACAGAGAAGUAAGCAAAACGCUCACAAAACUGAGGACGGACAUGACCAAAAGUGCCUGCGAAAUGCAACACAAUGAAAUUGUAUUAGAGGAAACUCUCGAACAGCUAGAGAAAAGGAGGAAACGCCUUGAAACGCUUCAUCAAGAUCUGGCGAACGAAGAUCACGAAUACGACAUGCUCCAAGCAUUGUUCUAUACGUGUGUCCAGCAAAAGAAUGCUUAUGGCAAUGUUUAUUAUACCAAAGAAUUAUUAGAUACCUUAGUUUAGUGAUUUCUUUUAUAGAUUUUGAAUGUUACGUUUGAUUCGUUAAAUUAAUACCAAAUAUGUUGUACCUAAUUCCUUAAUAUAACGUUCAGUUUAUAGUUAAUAACACAUUAUUUCUUUUU